UUUGCGUGUGGGUAUGUGUGCGUGCUCGUUUGAAACGGAUCCGAGCAGCUUCCCAUCUCAACUCCACAGAUACGCGACUCUCCAAAUGCUUUAUUUCGAAAACUAGGACAUAGCACUUUGCAGAAGAAAAAUCAGUGCAUUCACCAUUAUUUAUGUGAUUGCUGAUCUGCUGGAUGGAUAUAGAAAGCACCGAGAAUUAUAAUAAUUUAUGGAGCAGAGCACUGCUUUACACACGUAUUUCUCAGCCCGAGCUUUGAGGGUUUCUUUGCUUCUCGGGCCUCGUUCGGUGCUCCGGGAAUGGAGAAUAUUCCGAAUUUGAAGACCAGCGGGGUGAACUGACUGCGUUCAUAUCUAAAAUUAAAGGAAUAAGUGAGCAGCUAUUUGUGGCAGACAGGACAUGAUCCAUCUGUUCCCAGGUCUGGCUCGGGGCCGGGCGGCGGGAGAUGCCCGGGCGGCCUGCGGAAGUCCAUGUGGCGCGCUAGGUGGGAUCCCGGCGUCCUGAAAGCAGAGGCCCUGGCCCUCCUGCCCUGCGGCCUGGGCAUGGCCUUCUCCCAGUCCCACGCGAUGGCCGCUCGGAGGCACCAGCACAGUCGGCUCAUCAUCGAGGUGGACGAGUACAGCUCCAACCCCACCCAGGCCUUCACCUUCUACAACAUCAACCAGGGCCGCUUCCAGCCGCCGCACGUGCAGAUGGUGGACCCGGUGCCUCAUGACGCCCCCAAGCCGCCCGGAUACACCCGCUUUGUCUGCGUGUCUGACACCCACUCGAGGACGGACCCCAUCCAGAUGCCCUACGGCGACGUGCUCAUCCAUGCCGGGGACUUCACCGAGCUGGGGCUCCCGAGCGAGGUGAAGAAAUUCAACGAGUGGCUGGGCAGCCUGCCCUACGAGUACAAGAUCGUGAUCGCAGGCAACCACGAGCUGACCUUCGACCAGGAGUUCAUGGCCGACCUCAUCAAGCAGGACUUCUACUACUUCCCGUCCGUGUCGAAGCUGAAGCCGGAGAACUACGAGAACGUGCAGUCGCUGCUGACCAACUGCAUCUACCUGCAGGACUCGGAGGUCACCGUGCGGGGCUUCCGCAUCUACGGCUCCCCGUGGCAGCCCUGGUUUUAUGGCUGGGGUUUUAACCUCCCGCGAGGCCAAGCGCUGCUCGAGAAGUGGAACCUCAUUCCCGAAGGCGUAGACGUCCUGGUAACCCACGGACCGCCACUGGGCUUCCUGGACUGGGUCCCCAAGAAGAUGCAGCGGGUGGGCUGCGUGGAGCUGCUCAACACGGUGCAAAGGCGCGUCCAGCCGCGGCUGCAUGUCUUCGGCCACAUCCAUGAAGGGUACGGAGUCAUGGCGGAUGGGACAACCACCUACGUGAACGCAUCUGUGUGCACCGUGAACUACCAGCCCGUGAACCCACCCAUAGUCAUUGACCUCCCCACACCCCGGAACUCCUGACUGCCCCCACGGCCCCAGCGCUUCCCACCCGCAUCAGCUGCGUACACCUAGCUGAGAGCACGGACCUCCAGCCCCCCUUCCUUUCAUGCAGACAGCCCGUCCAGCUGCGGGGACCAGCCCAGCAGGCGGGCUGAGGCCUUGGAAUGAAGAAAAUCACCCCUGACUCUUCAGCCUUCUGUCAUUUGGAGUCAGGACCCUGCAGGUCCGUCAGGGGUUCUGUGCUCAUCGCUGAUUUCUGCGUGUCCCUUCCGUGUGUUCCUUGUUAAAGGACCUGCUGCGCUCGUGGCCCUGUCCUGCUUGGGAAGUGACUGAAUAUCCUUCUCCGUUGGACACCCUCGUGGGUUUGGGAAGCCGCUGCUCUUGGACAGAUCCUGGGAGUUCUGGCACAAAGUCUCCUUCUCACCGAGGGUCUGUGUGGCUGCAAGCCUCAGGGCUGGGGGGUGGGAGGGUGUGUCGUAGCCUGAGUGCAGGCGGCCCUUCCGCUCCUUCCAGGCAUCCGAGGGAACGAUCAGGGACGUCUCAGGAAUCGGGCCGCACCUGGCCGGGCCGACCAGCCCUUUGCUUCACUGAUCCCCCGUUUUCUUCCUGUGGGCAUUUUUGCUGAUGUAAACUGUGGCCUGAGCAUCCCGGGCACCCGCUCGGAGCCUGGACUCGGGGGGUUGUUUCUACGGAAUGAGCCUGAUGAGGGCCCAGGGCCAGCUGGAGGGUUCCCAAGUCCUGGAUGCCCCUGGUCCCCUGGGGGCUGCGCUGCUCUGCAGAACUCAGAAGGCUGAGGGCUCUGCGGGCCGAGGCUGCCCUGCCCCCUGUACGCGCCCAUAUGGGUGUGGACACACACACACACACACACACACGUGUGCUCACACCCCCCUCUUAAUUUAAUAAAGUGGACCCCGUGGUUCUCAUCGCCCUCGACUGGGUCCUGUACCCCAGUGGGAUAUCCCUCGCCCCUCGGAUUUUGGCUGCCGUGCCCACAGCCGAGGGAGGCUAAAUGGUUCACAGUCGUGCUGCCAUGUCCCUGGGUGCCAGCCGGCGGCCCCCACGGGAAGCUGGCACAGAGACAGAGAUGGGCUUCGGUUCCGGCAGCUCCACCCAGGGCGGGCUUCUUUUUCUUCUUUAAAUUAGGACUGGGGGGUUGGGCUGUCUCUGAUGGACAGAGAACCAGCAGGGCCUCGUUGGGGUGAGGCCAGUGAGGCAGGAUUAGCACGUGCAGGGUCAGAUUCUGCCUUUAUUUAAAAUUUGGAUAUUUUGUUCAUCAUAGAUUUUUUUUCCUGCAUUAAUUUUGAUUUUUAAAAACAUUGCAUUAAAAUAGUAUCAUUUAUCUCCAUCUAUGAGCUUUUUGGCGCCCCUUAAGUUGUACACCUGAGAGGAGGGCCCUGCUCACCUCCCCUUAGUCCCAGGCCUGGGACCAGCAUUUAAUGAGCCCUUUGCAGAUAUGAUCUCAUUUCCAGCAGUCUUGCAAGGUGGGUACUGCUGUCCUCCUUUUGGAGAUGAGGAGAUUGAGAUCAGAGAGGUGAGGUAACCUGCCUGAGGGUGCACAGUUCAAAAGAGGCAGAGGCAGGAUUUGAACCUUGGUCUCUGGCUUCACAGCCCCUGCUCUCCCACCACUCAAAGCUCCUGCCCUACAAGGCAAUGCACGGUCCAAGGCUCUUUUUUUAUUAAGGGUCCUAUUCAGCACCUGUCUGGUUCAUUUCUCAUGGAGAGCCCCUGGAGUCUUGGAGGACCCUGUUCUCUGUGCCCAGGAUCCCAGGAGACCAUGAUUCCUUCCCUACUCAAGUGGGGCUCCCCAUGGGGCGAGGGGCACCAUCCGGGGAGCCCAGUAGCAGCACCACGUUGGCCGAGGCCGGCUUUGCUCGGCAGGGUGCAGGGUUUCAGGAAUCCUUUUUGGCCCAAGUGGUUCCUGGUAGCCGGGGAUGUUUACAGGGUCUCUGGGGACACCUCUGACGCACGGCAUGUGUGUGAAUGUGUGGGGGGAGAGGACUCCAGGCCCUUUCAGUAACCUCUACUGAAUUUCUAUGCGGACCAAGAACUAUAAACUUAAAAAAAAAAUGUUUUUUUUCCUAAGGUACCUUCAGAAUAUGGUGUAUUUUUAUGUGGAAAAUAAAAGUUAUGAAGGCAGCUGUUACUUUAAAAGAAAAUUCAUUAAAAGUCCUUGAGGUAUGAAAGA